AUGAGGUGCUGCAUUGAUGAGGCCUUACUCCACACCCUCAGUCGUGAUGAUUUGAGAGACCUUUUUCCUGGGCCAGAGCACUUUCUCAGGAGGAAACGAGUGUGGGCUGUUAUUAGCCCAGAGGAUCAGAAUCCCACCUUACCAGACAAAGCUGGCCCUGUUGACACAGGACCUGUGUCGUCACCUGGAGGAAUGUCCCCAAUCUGCCCCCAGGCAUCCACUCCUUUAGUGAAGAAAACCCCAAAGAAAACCCUACAGCUUCCCAGUCCUCCAGAAUAUGUUGUCUACACAGACAGUGAGUUAGAGCAAGUGCGUAAACACUACUUUGAGAUGGUCUCCACUGGCAGAGAGGGGGAAUGUAUUAUGUCCAAAGAGCUGAGAUGCAGGCUAGUGAGGAACACUGUCACCAGCAUGAUUUCCAUCUUGAGAGCGAGUCAGCAAGGAGAAGAAGUCCGAUACCCUACCAGGCACGAAAUCACUGCAAUGGCUAGGAGACUAGUGGAGUAUUAUCCCAUGCUACAGGAUGAAGACAAAACGCAUAUGACCAUUUUCAAGAAUCUUCUCAAGAGGCUGCAGAAUGUGAAGUCCCCACAAAAGAGGCGGGGGCCACAACCUGUGAGAGGCCAUUCAAAGAAAAGGCAUCAGAUUGACUUCGCAACAAGUGACAAGGAGGGAGAAGAUUAUGAUGCAGACUCAAGUGGUGGAUCAACAAUUAUUUUGCAUCAAAGAUCUGGGAGCAGUUCUGAUGAUAGCCUCACUUCAUUGGAGAGUCAGGAUAGUCUGGCAACCCAGGCCAGACAUUGCAACACUCUGCAAGCGAUGUACAAGAAAUCAAAACCCAACCAAGAUGCUGUCUCCCAACUCCUUGACCUUGAGUUUGAAGCAAGAAGAGCCUUCAUUGACUGUAAUGUCCUGAAAGAAGAGGACAGGCCAACGAAGAUCCUGGAUGCAUAUCCAUGUUUCAAGGAACUUCAUCAUGUGAUGGAUGAGCUGCGUCGGAUCCUGGAUAAAGGCAACAAGAAAUUCACUGAUGAAGUAAAGAAGAGAUGGGAAGACUUCUGUGCCAAGGUGCAAUUUUACGGUGUUUGGAAGAAAGUGAUGAAACCACCUAUGAACAUGGAUGGAGUGGAACACGCCAUAGAGCUUGUCAGGGCACUCCCCACACUCUUUCCUUCACCAGCUGCACCGCCUAAGAAGAUUGGACAUGCCAGUGAGGCAUUGCUUCAUGUCCUUCAGCCAACAGAGGAUCCCACCAUCUACCUCCAGAAGAGACCUCUCUCCAGCCCUCUAUUGCUCUUUGAUGGGUCCUGCUGUCUGGUCGCAAUCGGAACCACUCCCAUCACCACAUUUGCCAAGGAAGAACUCGGUGAAGGUCUACUGUAUCUGAUGGCUUACUACUACACCAUCCACCUUACAUAUCCAAGGUGUGUGGCAACCCUCCUCUCGGUCAUACAGACAGAAAUAUUACAUGACUCACUUCAUGAGAGAGACAACACUCCCUCAUACAAACGAGCCAUGUCAGAGUGGAAAAACUUUAUUGGGACGUAGAGCUGUGCUCUAGGGAUAAGUAUUGUUAAAAACAAAAACAACACCACUGACACAGUUUCAGUGUUCAGUGUCAUGACGUUGUUAAGAAGUACAAGAGAAAACAUUGAAGAUGAAAGUUGAAAGUCUUCCUUUGGUUCAUAAAAAAAUAUUUCUGAUGGCUUUUCUUUCUCAACCAUCAAAACAUAUGUGCUACAAAUGUUCUGCAUGACAGCACUUUAUAGAGCUGGGUUUCAGUAGUAAUUAUUAAAUAGUUUUAGAUGUUUAAGACAUUUAAUUAGGUUUGCAAACGUGGUGGAACACAAAAGCGCUGCAUUAUUGUACUAGUUUUGAGUGAUGUCAUGUCACAUUGUGAUUGGAUAUUUACUUGCAAAGCUUUUAUUGCACUUAAAGUAAUAUGAGUAUGAGUGUAGUUCAAACUCCAGUAAGUUCCUUCACCUGGUUUGGCUCGGCUGCAUGUGCAGCACACACAUGCAGAUUGCAUAUCUGUAUUCCUUCAGAGUUCAAUAUCACCUGCAAAAUGUAAGGUUUAUUUGGAAAUAGUGAGUGGGAUUUGAAAAGGCUCCCAUCAAUGAUGUCAUUUUGAAACUGACCGAAUAAUAUGAUGUAUGAUCAAGUAGCUUUUUAGCAUCUCUCAACUUAGAGUCUGUGCUAGCCCUUUCUAUUUCAUGGUACUGUGUAAUGUGUUUGUCCUUUCAGUAAAACGUUUUUGUCAAAAUUCUCUUACAUUUCAUCAAAGCUACAUUACCUUUGUCACUACCUUGGCCUCUCAUGAUAAAAA